AAACGGAUUACAUCGUAUUACGUCCGUCAAGCCAUAGUUUUUACGCGGUUAUAUUUGGUGAAGUCGUGCGCGACGAGUUAUGCAACGUUCGGUGUAAAAAGUCUCGUCGAUAGGGUACUCGGAUAUCGUGACACCUGACCUACUUAGACAAAGCGGCUGUUUCUCUUGGAGAGCCAUAACUCGAGAAGCUUGGAAAACGCUAAGGACACACAUUCAACGGCCUAUCAAUUCGAAGAUUUUAAAUCCUUAGGGACACCAGGAAACAUCGAACUAAUCUUUCGCAAAUUGCGUCUUUUCAUAUCACGUUCGAAGUUCAGUGCCGUCGUUAGGGAUCACCGGCGCCCGGAUAAGUUUAACUACACUCGGUCUAAUUAAUUUCUCUCUCUCCCUCGCUCUGCUUUUUUAUUCCCCUCUAGAUCCCACACAAGUUACAUAUAUAUAUAUAUAUAUAUAUGUACAUACAUAUAUAUAUAUAUAUAUACAUAUAUAUAUGCAUAGUAAAAAAAGUCUACGUAACAACUAAUAAUGUUUUCCAAAAGGAAUAAAAAUUAGAUGAAGAAAAACUUUCGUUCUCGGUUAAUACUUUGUACAAGUAAGCAGACCGAGUAAGCAAGAGAGACUAUCCUCACGGCACAGAAUCGCACGAGCAACAAGGUAGGUAGUCGGUUUACGGUUUCUCCAUCUCUCUUUGUACUCUAUAUGCCGAUGGUUUUCCCUUUCGUUACGCACUACCGUAACCAUGCAUUGCGGAACCGCGAGCAAAUUAGCUAACCCAUUCGCAACAAUAAUUUUCUGAACGAAUUCAAAGAAAUUUGGUUCGUGCGAUACUACUGCAGAACGAAUCCUUUUAACAAGCAUAGAUCGAUCACGCGAACGAUUGGUAAUCGAUAAAAAGGGAAAGUAAUAAUACUUGGAUAUACUCUUUGUUGGUUGGAUAAAAGUUAAAAAAGAGAGAAAGAAAGAGAGUCAAAAGGAAUUAAAUGAUAAAAGUAACGAUGAUGAUGAUGAUGUUGUUGGUUGAAACUAAGUCGAGGCACUUGACGGCUGCUAAGAGCGCCCCUAAGAUAAAUCCGUUUGAAGGGUACGGACCUGGAGGUCGGUCGCGCUGUCAGAGGAGCGCGACGGUGCGCCGGACGCUCGCUUGACUAAGGGAGUGCCGUCCCGAUGCAAAGUGUAAGUGAAGUGGCCUACAGACCUACAUUUCUCUAACGUUCCAUUUUUUCAAGUCGGCCGAACAGGAGGUUAAGAAUUCGCGCGGGUCACCAUUUUACACGGACGCGUGCGAUGUCGCUGUUGUGUUAUACGUCGAUCGGCUCUCGAUAGAUAGAGAGAGAGAGAGAAAGAGAGCGAGUAAGAAAGAAAAAAAAGAAAGAGAGAGAGAGAGAGACACGGUGUAGCAGUUUCUUCUUUCGCCGUGGUACGUUCUGUCGGUGCUGCAGGGCGGCGCGGGGACAAUUCAAAGAAAGAACGAGAAGGGAAAGAGAAAAAGAGAGAGAGAGAGAGAGAGAGAGAAAGAGGGUGAGAGCGAGAGUGACGACAAGGAGCGCGCGCGUCAUUCAGCCAGAAAGAGAAAGAACGAGAACACACGGGUUGGCGGAGAGACAGAGAGAAGGAAAGUCGUGCUCGCGCGGGCGCGCUGCAAUAAGAGAGAGGGAGAGAAAGAGUAAAGCUGUGUGCGAAAGAGCGAAAAGAGAGAAAUAGAUGCGCGUGUAGGUGCUCUUUUGAGAACAGGAGCGCGCGCGCGCGCUCGAAUUAAAGAGUGGGAAAGAGAAAGAGGGAGCGAGAAAACGAACGAAAGAGCGAGCGAGAAAACGAACGAAAGAGCGAACGAGAUAGAAAUAAAUAAAGAAACAGAAAGAGAAAAAGAGAAAGAGAGAAAAGAAAAGAAAAGAGCAAGUGCUUGCGUGCGUGCGUCCAACGUGCGUACGUACGUGCGUAUGUGCGUCCUGCGUGCGUGCGUGCGUGCGUACGGUGGUGGAGAAAACGAAGAAGAAGAGAAGAAAAAGAAAAGACGAAGAAGAAGAAGAAGAAGAAGGUGUCUUUGAAGGGGGAGGGAGCCUCGUUCGUUCGUUCGUUCCGUUCGUCUGUCCCAUCCAUCCGUCCGUUCGCCUGUCCGUCGUUCCCUCGUUCAUAGGAAUGCACGACGGUCGAAUGGCUACAGGUUCAGGGGAAGGUAGUAGGGCCGCCGGAGGGGGGCCCGUACCACCUCUGGAAAACAAUUCAACCGCGACAACUACCCUUACGGAAUCGUCCACCUCCUCCCCACCCUCGGUUGCUCCCUCUUCCUCUUCCUCUACCUCAUCUUCUAGCUCCUCUUCGUCCACCUCGAAUACCCCUGCCGCGAUCUUGACGGAGAAUCACGCGAAUGUUACGAGUAAUUUGCCAUUGACCACGGGAUCCCAACAGCCUCAACAAACCAUUCAUCAACAACAGCAGCAACAACAACAGCAACAACCACAACAACAACAACAGCAGCAACAACAACAGCAACAGCAGCAGCAGCAACAGCAACAACAGCAAUCACGUAUCAGGCUCGAUUUGCUCACCGAUUUGCCCGGCAAUGAUGCUUCAGGGACUGGAAGUAGCAACGGAGCUGGACCUGGGGGCAACGGCAAUACCAACGGUAAUACCACCAACAACAACAACAACAACAACAGCAACAACAACGUGCCAAGUGCCGGUAGCUCGUCCGUUCUCGAAGGUAGUGCCGGUGGUGGUGGUGGUGGUGGUGGUGGUGGUGCCGGUGCCGGUGGAGGAGCCAGUGGUUAUGGUGCUAGUACCGCAAGCUCGGCUAGCAGUGCUGGUGGAGGCAACGGUCCCGGCAGUACUGGACCUGGACCCACCGCCAACAACGCGACUACUGGGACCUCGGGUAGUAGCGGCAACGUUGCCGUGCACGCCGGUACCCUCUGUCAUCCCAGCUUGGCCCAGGUCGGGGUCGGAAUCGUGACUGGCUCCCUACCUUGCCCCUCCGAUUUCCCCGACACCAAGGACAUCGUUAUCGAGGAACUCUGCCCGGUCUGUGGCGAUAAGGUCUCCGGAUAUCACUACGGAUUACUCACGUGUGAAUCUUGCAAGGGUUUCUUCAAGCGCACCGUCCAAAACAAGAAAGUCUAUACGUGCGUCGCCGAAAGAUCCUGUCACAUUGAUAAAACGCAGAGGAAGCGGUGUCCCUACUGUCGCUUCCAAAAGUGUAUCGAGGUCGGCAUGAAGCUUGAGGCUGUGCGGGAGGACCGCAUGAGAGGUGGUAGAAACAAAUUCGGGCCCAUGUACAAAAGAGACAGAGCGCGGAAACUCCAAAUGAUAAGGCAACGGCAAUUGGCGCUGCAAACGAUAUGCGGGAGUCUCGGGGAUCCAUCGAAUUACCCGUCCACCGUAACGCCUUUCCUGCACAUCAAGCAGGAGAUCCAAAUACCUCAGGUCUCGAGUCUAACAUCCUCGCCGGAUUCGAGUCCGUCACCUGCGGCGGCCGCGGUAGCCGCUGCUGCUGGUAGCCUCCUGACGACGCAAUCUGCCGGUGCCGGUGGUGGAGCCGGAGCCUGUGGUGCUGGGGGCGGGGCCAGUGGGGGUGGCGGCGGAGGAGCUGGACAACAUCAACUGAUAGCCCCUUCCUCCCAGCAUAAUCUCAUCGCCGCUAAUCACCUGCACAACGUUACCCCUGGCCUCGAUAGCAAACUCUGGCCCGCUAAUUCGACCACCCCCAGUCCGGUGGCCUUCAACUUUGGCGAACAGUCGGCGCAACCCCACGGGCCGCCCCCGGCCUCCGCGGCUGCUACCGCGCCCUUGAAAACUAGUCCGCUGAUAAGAGACUUCGUGCAGACGGUCGACGACCGCGAGUGGCAAACGUCCCUCUAUGAGCUAUUGCAGAAGCAAACGUACAAUCAGUGUGAAGUGGACUUGUUCGAACUAAUGUGCAAAGUGCUCGACCAGAAUCUUUUCUCCCAGGUCGAUUGGGCCAGGAACUCUGUAUUCUUCAAGGAUCUCAAGGUCGACGACCAAAUGAAACUACUGCAACACUCCUGGUCGGAUAUGUUGGUGCUCGAUCAUGUACAUCAGAGGUUGCACAAUAAUCUACCCGAUGAGACCACGCUUCAUAAUGGCCAAAAGUUUGAUCUCCUGUGCCUAGGCCUACUUGGAGUUCCUUCCCUGGCAGAUCUUUUCAACGAUUUAUCCUCGAAACUUCAGGAGCUCAAAUUUGACCUGUCUGAUUACAUUUGCAUGAAAUUUCUUAUGUUGCUUAAUCACGAUGUUCGCGGACUGGUUAACAAAAAACACGUACAGGAAGGUCACGAACAGGUUCAGCAGGCUCUAUUGGACUAUACCUUAACUUGUUAUCCAACUAUACCGGACAAGUUUAAUAAGCUGCUAGCAGUAUUACCAGAAAUUCACGUAGUAGCGAGUAGGGGAGAAGACCAUCUUUACCAGAAGCAUUGUAAUGGUGGUGCUCCAACUCAAACACUUCUAAUGGAGAUGCUUCAUGCCAAGAGGAAAUGAGACGAUAGAUUCAUGUGCCGACUCUACCGUAAAAUAAUAAUUCGUUGGUAUGUACUAUAUUUUUAAAACGUUGGUAGAGUCCCCGCUACGAUAUAAAUUGUCAGAAUAAACGAAUGAAUAAACAAACAAACCAACUAACACUAAAUAAAAGUGGACCUCAAAGUGUACCUACUAUUAUGAGCUAACUUCGGCUUAGGUGUCGGACCAAGUUAGGGUAGCCGUGGUUCAUCAAAAAAAUUAAAAUACCUAUGCAAACAAAUCAAGUAUAAACGUACAUACUUUACAUAUAAAUAUAUAUACAUAGAGUAUAUGUAUUAUAAAGUGUAUCUAAAUAUAUAUAAACAUAAUGACAUAUAUUUUCUAUAUUUGAUGUUGAAGUUUUAGAGAUGUAUCCAUGGAAAAAACACAUUUACCCCUGUUGGUGGUACAAGCGCAGGGAAACAGUAAGCAAGAUGCCUUGAAAACAGUACAAAAGGGUGGUUAACAAAAAUAUUGGUCAAAGGACAGGCAACUUUGUCAAAAUAUAAGUAAAAGCUAUUUUUCUAAUACUUAGAUGCGAUUAUUUUUAAGCAUACCACUGAAGCCUUGCUCACACUUGAACGAAUAAAUAAUUCUAAUGGUAAUAACAACAACAACAACAACAACAACUAAUAAAGAUCAGAUCUCUUUUUCCCUUUUUCUCUCUCUCUCUCUCUCUCAUUCUCUUUCUUUCUUUUUCUCUCUAAGUUGAUCGUGCCUCUUUGCAAGGAAUUUCAAUAUAAGAAUAAACAUAAUUGAAGUGAUAGUCGAAUCACGUAUAUGAUUCUAUGUACGUUUACGGCAAUAAUACAUACAAGCCGAGAGAAAUAGAAAAAGAUAUUGGGACAGGGGGAUGGAAAGGGGGAACGGGAGGAGGGAUAGAACGAGAGGGUGGAUGUGAGUGAAUAAGUGGAUCUCUGUGUGUUAAUGUGUGUGUCUGUGAAAAAAAAAAAGAAAAUUAAAUAAAAA